AUGGAUUCAAUUUCUACUCAUGGGGAAAUUAAAGAAGCAGUGUUUGAUUUGGGAGCUGACAGUGUUUCAGGACCGGAUUGGUUCAAUGAUGUACCAGUGUGCCUCAGGCAAACAGUUAGCAGGCAAAAGAGUAAGUUUUACUAUGGUGGUGGUUCGUAUUCUAGGGGUAAGGCCAUUGCAAAUUUCUGGGGAAUAGAAAGAGCUUUGUUCCCUGAUCGUUACUUGGGUGUAAUUCUUAAACCUGGUUUACUAAGAAAUAUUUAUGUUAGACAAGUAGUUGAGAAGACUAUAAAUAAGUUGGAUGGAUGGAAAGGUAAACUGCUAUUGUCUCAGGCUAUGCUUGUUCUUGUUUGUUCUGUCAUAUCUAGUUAUAUUGUUCAAUCUAUGGUUGUCUAUCGAAGGCCUAUGAUGAUGAUUGAAUUAAGUUUUAGGUCUAUCCGGAAUUUUUUGUGGUCUGGAGAUUCUGAGAAGCAGAAAUGGUUCAUUGUGGCUUAUGAUAUAUAG